AUGAGUGCGUUGUCUGCAUCUCAGCACAGUAUUCAACAAAUGCCCAAAAAUGACGAGCCAAUUGCCUCUUACUUGGCUGGACUCAACAAAAGAUCAAAGAGAAAUACAUUUGAGGGCUCCUACAACACUACACAAAAGAGAAGAAGCUCAGGCGUCAUUAAUAGAAUAAUGCGUAUGUUUUUGUUCAAGCAGAAAAAGGCACACUCCAGCAGAAACAUGAUGGUUAUUUCAUGGCCAUUUGAUGCAAUACAUAAAACACAUAUACAUUUUGAUGCUGAUACAGGGGAAAUGACACUUGGAAAAGCGCCAGAUUGGGAAAUAUCUGGUUUAGGUAGCAAACAACAAGACAUUUUACUGUCUUCUUUUAUCAAGCGAGUCUAUGCCGAGAUUGAAAAGAACCAGCAAAACAGGCCUCUACCAGUCAUGACAGUAGCAGCAGCAGUAGAGGCGAUGCCACAACAGCCACAGAGUAUGUCAGAAUCGACCAAGAAAUCCGAUCGCAAGCGGCCCACAAAGAGGGCCAUGUCCACACCUGAAGCUAUUGCCGAGCUAAGCAAAUUAUGUAAACAGGAGGAUCCUUGCACGAUAUACACUGAUAUGGUGAAAAUUGGGGAAGGGGCCUCUGGUUCUGUUUAUAAAGCUCAAAGAAUAUCCAGCAAAGACAAUGGCCAAUUUGUAGCUAUAAAACAAAUCCACCUUAGAAGGCAAGUGAGAAAAGACUUGAUUGUGGAUGAAGUUCGAAUGGGCAAAGUAGAUCAGGCACACAAAAACAUGGUACAGCACAUUGAAUCUUAUAUAUGGAAGAAUGAUGUCUGGAUUGUGAUGGAGUACAUGGAGGGCGGUAGUUUGACAGAUAUCGUGACACAAAACUACAUGGCAGAAAGAGAGAUUGCCGCUGUAUGUCUAGAGGUGCUUCAUGGCUUGGACUACCUUCAUUCCAGAGGCAUCAUCCAUCGAGACAUCAAGAGCGACAACAUCUUGAUUGGCAUGCAGGGCCAAAUUAAGCUUUCUGAUUUUGGCUAUUGCGCUCAAAUCGAUAAGAAGCAAUCCAAAAGAACAACUCUAGCCGGUACUCCUUGCUGGAUGGCACCUGAAGUUGUUCAACGCAAAGAAUAUGGACCCAGUGUAGACAUUUGGUCGCUCGGCAUUACAGCCAUUGAGAUGGUGGAGGGAAGUCCACCUCAUCUAGAAGAUCCGGAGCAAGCAAUUCGACUGCUGACAACACAACGUGUACCACCUUCGCUGAAAGAUCCUGAGCAGCUAUCAGUGACAUUCCGUGAUUUCUUGAGUAAAUGUCUCAAAUUCAAUGCUGAAAGUAGACCUUCUGCUGCUGAACUGUUGCAGCAUCCCUUUCUGGCCAAAGCGGCCCCUUUAUCAUGUCUUUUGCCUCUGAUCGAAUCUGCAAAAAAGAGUGCUGCGUUAGACGAUUACCCUGCCCCAUCUCAAAAAUAA